GUCCAAGCUCAAUUUAAAACAAGCUAUUGAUUAUGUUGAUCAAUCUUGGUCUGGUGUAACAACUACAACAAUAAAAAACUGUUGGGGCAAGACAUGGUGGCCAAAAUUCACAAAUGAAUUCAAUGCAUUGGUCCAUCAUGUUGAAGAAUACAUUAUUGCAAUUGAUGAACCACUUGUAACUGAAGAUACUCUUAGUGAUAUAGAAAUUGUUGAAAUGGUUUUAGAAGAUGCACAAAUUGAAGCUGGUGCUAAUGUAGAUUCUGAUGAAGACAAUGAAGAACCACCACCACCAAUGGUUACAAUUAAAGAAGCUUAUGAAUCUUAA